AUGGACAUGGGCAAGCUUGAUGAAAGCUUGGCAACAUUCAGAGAUGCCUCGACACUUUCCAGUGUUCCUAAAUUUGUGGUCGAUUGCCUAUGCAACAUGGCCACAUGCCAUCGCCGCUUGGGUCAGUGGACAGAAGCCUUUCGACUUUAUGACAGAUGCAAAGAACGGGAACCAGAGGAUCCAACAAUUUGGAGCAACAUUGCAGGUCUGUUGAAGGAACGUGGCAAGCUACUUGAGGCCUUGGAGUGCUAUCAGAAAUGUGUCCAGCUUGACAAGAAACGUGAUGGAGAGACACAUGCUUCUUAUGCAACCUCUCUACACCAUGUGGGUCUUAUGCGGAUGGAACUUGGCCAAUAUACUGAAGCCUUGGAGGACAUUUUGACAGCUCGUGAAAUACUUUCUAAUGCACUGGGCAAGCAUCAUUCAACAACCAGUGCUGUGUCAAGGAGCUUGGCAGAUUGCUGGCUCGCCUUUCAGAAUUUCGAUGAGGCUCUGAUAGUUUAUGAGGACUGCCGAGUUUCACAGGAAAAGGCCCUCGGCCACGGGCAUCCGGAGGUGUGCGAGACAUUGGUUCACGCAUCCCUUUGCCUUCUGAAGAUGAAGCGCAGUCGUGAGGCGCUGGACUACGCAACGCGGGCUGCUGAGCACAUGCUGUCAUUUCUCGUGAAGAUUUGGCCCGGGCUGCCCGAAGCCAAGCAAGUGGCUUUCUCCCAGAAGUACAACACUGCUGUGCUGAAUCUGCCAGCAGCAAUGCUGGGAUCUACCUGCCUUCCUGAGAAGGCCAUUCGCUUCUUGAUGCUGCGCAAGUGUCUUCAGUGGGAGUUUCAAGCGUGCACGGUCUCCAGCCCACCAGCACAACAGCAAGAGUUGAUGCAGGCUCGGCAGGCCUUGGCCAGGCAAGCGUACCAGUCAUUUGAUGAACGAAGAUUUGAAGACCUCACACCUCUGAUGAAGAGGAUCGAAGAGCUCGAAGUGGAUACCCAGGGACACUGCAAGCUGAACGCAAGCUGGCUGGAUGGUGUGUGUCCCCAGAAGCAGCUGUUCCAGAAGAUGACGGAGCGACUCUUGCCGAGUCAGGCGCUGCUCGAUUAUUAUGUGUUUUUAGCGGAGGACUGUAAGCCCAGAUAUUGCUCCUUCUUAUGGCUUCCAAGAAGCAGUAACUCAAUCCAGCCUCACCCUAUUUUGAUAGACCUUGAGAAGACAGAUGUUGUGAACAAGCUGCUGCGCGACUUUCACGCCAACGUCUUCUCAAGGAGGAAGUCUGUCAUACAGGAGGGUGUGAAGGUGGGCAGGGAGCUGCGCAAAGCAAUUUUGGAUCCAAUACUGAGUAAGCUGCCUGCUGAGAUCACCUAUUUGUACAUUUGCCCAGAUGGCGAGCUUGCAAGCUUGGCCUUUUGCUGCAUUCCCAUAGACAGUGUGCAUCAAGAGCUACCUCACUCUAAGUAUGACGCGUUGUUGCAUAGGUUUGCUGUCAGCUACUUGCAUGCUGGGCAUCGAUUGAUGAAAGGUGCGGCAGAGCCUUGUGUUUGCCAGGGCAGAUGGCGUGCGCUGGCAUUUGCCAACCCGGAUUUUGGGGGCAACUCGGGCUGGCGCAAGCUGGACCACACCCAAGCGGAGGCAGCCUGCCUGGAAGGCAUUUUCCAGCAGCUUGUUCUCCUGCAAGGCAAAGAGGCAACUCGUGAGGCCUUUCUUGCCCAGAUCAAGGAUGCUCACCCCAGUGUGAUCCAUGUUGCGACUCACGGGUGCUAUCGAAGCGAAGAGAGCAGGACAGAGUUCCCAGAGCAGCGGAUCGAAGCGGCCAUGCUGCCAAGUUGUUUGGGAAACCCAUUGCUGCGCUGCUGCCUCAUUGCUGCGGGUGGUGAAAGGAUUACAGGCCUUGAUUUGCUGGGGAGCGAUCUUAGAGGGACCUUCCUGGCCACAUUGUCUUGCUGCUACAGUGCCCGUGGAGAUGUGCGGCCCAGCGAGGGUGCGGCAGGGUUCGCUUAUGUCCUGAGCGCCGCUGGUGUAGAGCAUUGUAUGGUGAGCGUCCACGAGAUCGACGACAAGGAGGGGGCCAAGACCAUUGUCCACUUCUACGAGGAGUUGACGAAACGCCAAUUUUCGAGCCCCGCUGAAUGCUUGCGGGAGGCACAGCUAAAGACUUCUGCGGAGGAGGAUGGCUGGAAGCCCCUAUACUGGGCAAGUUGCCCAGCCAUUUCCGCGGUCGUUGCGUUCAUUUUCCAGUCGCCUUUCGCCAUGGCGGAUGCUCUGACCGUCCUCGGCAAGGCGAUGUUUGAUGAUGUGUUGAUGGCUGAGAAGCUCCCCAGCGACGUGGUCCAGCGCUUCAACCAGUGCCUCAUCACUGGCGAGCCCACAACGGAGGCUGACCAGAAGGUGAUUGCGGACACCAUGUUCACCUGGGCCCGGGAGCUCGGGGCCAUCGAUUUUGCGCACUGGUUCUUCCCUCUCCGUGGUGGAGGCGGCGCGGUGGGUGGCAUGCUGGGGGCCUUCAAGCGAGACACGCUGAUUGACUUGGAGUUCGGCUCCAAGUACGUGACAAAGCCCAUGAAGGCCUGCCUGCCCCACGAGCGCUUGUUCCAGGGGGAGACGGAUGGGUCCUCCUUCCCCAACGGCGGGCUGCGCGUGACCCACUCCGCGGCGGCCUUCACCACCUGGGACCGCGCCUCGCCGCCCUUCGUGCUGGACCAGUGCCUCUACAUCCCCUGCGCCUUUGUGACCCACUUUGGCAAGUGCAUCGACGAGAAGACCCCGCUGCUGCGGUCCAUGGACGCGGUGAAGCAGAGCGGCCUGCGGCUGCUGAAGGCCAUUGGCAUCGGCACGGAUGCCAAGACCAUGCACAGCUAUCUGGGCUGGGAGCAGGAGUUCUUCGUGCUCAGCGCGGAGAGCUACAAGAAGCGCCCGGAUUUGGUGAACACUGGACGGACCCUCUUCGGCAAGCUGCCCACGCGGCACCAACAGGGGGACCUCAACUACUUCCAGCCGGUCCCCGGCAAGGUGGCGGAGCUACUGGACACCGUGCAGGCGGAGAUGCUGAAGGUGGGCUGCCCCAUGGCUGUGAAGCACAACGAGGUGGCCCCGGGCCAGCACGAGAUGUCCCCGGUCUUCCGCACCGCCAACGUGUCCUGCGACUCCAACGUGCUCUUCAUGGAGGUGAUGAACCGGGAGGCGGCCAAGAUGGGAUUGCAGGUUCUCUUCCAUGAGAAGCCGUUCGCGGGCAUCAACGGCAGCGGCAAGCAUGCCAACUGGUCCAUCGGCACUGACACGGGCCUGAACUUCUUCUACCCCGGCAAGAACGAGGCCGGCGCCAAGCUCUACGUCACGGCCAUCGCCUGCCUGGCCUACGGCCUGGCGCAGUACAACGAGAUGGUGCGGUGCACGGUGGCCCACUCGGGCAACGACCACCGCCUGGGUGCCCAGGAGGCGCCGCCCGCCAUCAUCUCCCUGUACCCAGGCCAAGGCUUCGAGCAGCACGUGGAGAGCAUCGUGGCGGGCGGGGAUUUGUUGGGCUACAAGGCGGAGAAGAAGAAGCAGGAAACGGGCUGCUCGGCUGCCAUGCACAUCGAGGCCAACGUGGAGGACCGCAACCGCACCGCGCCCUUCCCCUUCUGCGGAAAUCGCUUCGAGUUCCGAGCGGUGGGCUCGUCGCAGAACUGCUGCCUGCCGGUGAUGGUCUGCAACGCCGUGAUGAGCGCAGGCAUGGCUGAACUGGCCAGCAAGAUCGAGGGCGGGAAGAGCCACCGGGACGCCGUGGCUGACAUGUACAAGGAGAACAAGCACGUGAUCUUCACGGGCAACGGCUACUCGGCGGAGUGGCCCAUCGAGGCCUCCAAGCGCGGGCUGCCGAAUCUGAACACCACGCCCAAGGCCGUGGCCACCUGGAGCUCCGACAAGAACAAGAAGCUCUUCGAGACCCUGAAGAUCUACUCCGCCGAAGAGACGGAGGCCCGCCAGGAGGUCAUGUAUGAGAACUACAUCUCGAGCCUCUGCUGCGAGGUGGACACCAUGAUCCAGAUGGUGGAGACCGGCUUCCUGCCUGCCUGCGCCAAGGACCUGGAGAAGUACAAGGGCUUCGAGAAGUUGGGGGCCAGCCGCAAGGCCACCUACGAGGCCAUCGUAGACCAGCUGACGAAGCUCAAGGAGAUCUACGAGAAGAAGCCGCACUCGGGGCUGGCGGCGGAGGCCACGUAUCUCUGCGACACCGUGAAGCCCCAGAUGGUGGCGCUCCGUGCCGCCGUGGACAAGGCGGAGGGCGUUAUGGAGUCGAGCCUGUAUCCGUACCCCACAUACGAGAACAUGAUCUACGGCCACCACUUCUGAGCGCAUGCGCGCGAGUCUCGAGUCGAGUGGCAAAAAGAGGCGGAUGGGCGGAUGGCUGGGAUUGGUUUUUCUUGUGGCCAGUGGAGCUGGCAGAAGGCUCUGGGGCCUUAUCGGACCCAAGGGCGUGGCACGAUCGUGCCCUCCGGGCUCUGGGGCUCAAGCGUGGCAGGGGCGCACAGUCUUGGGAGGGAGGUGUUCGGUGGAUUCUGGUGGCAGACUUUGCCGGGCCUUUGCCUC